CCCAUGUGUUUGUAAAGGUAGGCUAGGCCUCUGGUUUCUACACUCAUCGCUCACUCACAAACUAUGGCGAACCAAAUCAUCACUCGUGUCAUUCCUAAAACCCUAACUCCCUUCUUCUCUCGCUCCCUCUCCACAACCACCACUCUCUCCUUCCUUUGCCGUCUCCGUCCUCUCACUGCCGCUGCCGUAACCUCCCGCCACAUUCUCCUUCCUUCCUUCCGCGCUCUCUCAACAAGACCUACCACCUCUUCCCUCAACGAUCAAAACCCUAACUGGUCUAACCCUUCUCCUAAGGAAACCAUCUUGCUUGAUGGAUGUGAUUUUGAACACUGGCUUGUGAUUAUGGAGACUCCUGAUGGUGACGCCACCAGAGAUGAAAUUAUCGAUGGUUAUAUCAAAACAUUCGCGGAGGUUAUCGGAAAUGAAGAACUAGCUAGGAAGAAUAUAUAUUCUGUUUCAACUAGACACUACUUUGCUUUUGGAGCUGUUUGUUCUGAAGAGCUUUCCUACAAACUCAAUGAACUGCCCAAAGUUCGGUGGGUUCUUCCUGAUUCUUAUUUGAAUGUGAAGGAGAAAGAUUAUGGAGGGGAGCCCUUUAUAAAUGGCCAAGCAGUUCCAUAUGAUCCCAAGUAUCAUGAGGAGUGGGUUAGGAACAAUGCUCGUGCUAAUGAAAGGAACGGGCGCAAUGGUAGGGAUAGGCCUCGUAAUAACGACAGGUCAAGAAAUUUUGAAAGGAGAAGGGAAAAUGUGGUGAACAGAGACAUGCAGAGUAGGCCUCCAGUGCAGAAUUCUGGUCCACCUCCAAACAAUGCUUACCCUCCCAACAAUGGUGGCGGAUACCCUUUCAACAACCAAGCUGGAUAUGCCCCUCCAAAUCAAGGUGGAUACGCUCCUCCAAAUGCAGGUGGUGGAUACCCUCCCCACAACAUGAGUGGACCUCCUCCUCCUCCCAACAGUGGAUAUCGUGCUCCUCAAAAUAACUACUCGGGGCAACAAAACCACAUGGCAGGGAUGUCUCCAAAUGCUGGUUGGUCAAAUAAUCAGUAGACUCUCGUCCUGACCUCCGAGUAAUGAGAUUUUAUAGAUCUUAGGUCUAGUUUCCCUUCUUCAUAAUGAAUUUGUGUUUCGGGUAUUGAAGUUUACAAUUUUUGAAGUUCAUUAUUUUGAUGGUUUAUUCGAAAGUUAAGUGUCAGUUUAUUAAAACAAAAUUGUCUGAUACACUUCAUUAAGUAUCGUAGUUUAUUAGUAAAAAAUAUAUUUAUCUGACACACUUAAGCCGAAUAGUCGUGAGAAAUUCAUGAUCAUGAUAUGAUCUUUGUGAUUUGUCUUACUGAAUGUGAUUCAACAAAAUAUAUUAAUGACU